AUGAAAGGAGGGACAGCGCAUCAAACCUGUGCAUUUCACAGUAGAAACUCUGUCCUCACCAGCUUAGUGAUCACAAAUGAUCCUGUCUCUGAUUCCCUGUUUGUAAAAGGUUGUUUUGAACUCCAGGAAAGGUGCCUCCAGAACCCCUUGGAGAACUUGGAGUUAACUUGUGGCUACCUAUUGGAAGAGGACAUGAAGUGUCUCUCCCAGUACCCAAGCCUCGGUUACCUAAAGCAUCUGAAUCUCAGCUACGUGCUGCUGUUCCGCAUCAGUCUUGAACCCCUCGGAGCUCUGCUAGAGAAAAUUGCUGCCACUCUCAAGACCCUCAUCUUGGAGGGCUGUCAGAUCCACUACUGCCAACUCAGCGCCAUCCUGCCUGGCCUGAGCCGCUGCUCCCAGCUCACCACCUUCUACUUUGGCAGAAAUUGCAUGUCUACGGAUGCCCUGAAGGACCUGCUGCGCCACACCAGUGGGCUGAGCAAGUUAAGCCUGGAGACGUAUCCUGCCCCUGAGGAGAGUUUGAAUUCCUUGGUUCGUGUCGAUUGGGAGAUCUUCACCCCACUUCGGGCUGAGCUGAUGUGUACACUGAGGGAAGUCAGGCAGCCCAAGAGGAUCUUCACUGGUCCCACUCCCUGCCCUUCCUGUGGCUCAUCACCGUCUGAGGAACUGGAGCUCCAUCUUUGCUGCUAGGGAAGGCGUGCCUAGUGGGGUUGAUAAAUCCAAACUUCUCUUCCAGGCACU